CGGAUAUAUAUUUUUAACAUUGUAGUUUUACUGCAAGCGUGGGAUGGUCUAUUAGUUAUAAAGAGCCGUGCGAGCGGCAGCUUUUAAAGAUUUGGUUUUGGGAAGAAUUUAAAGCAUAUCGGGAGCCACUAUGAUUAUAACACUGUUUGCAGUUCUGGGGCUGUUUGCCUCGCUUGUCAAUUGUAACAUUGACCUAGAAGACCUGGAAGACGUGGUUGCCCGCAGAGUAAAAAAACAACGUAUUGCGUUCGAGGCUCACAUGGAAAGUGGACAUGGGUUUUACCCUUUGAACAAGCCACUUAUUUUUCCCGUCUGUACACUUAACGAGGGCAACGGUUAUGAUGACAAAAGUGGUAAAUUCACUGCGCCUAGAGCAGGUGUCUACACCUUUAAUGCGCAUGUCUGUCAUGGUGGUGGGAAAUAUAUGGUGUUUGCCAUCGCGAAGGGCGGCGUUCAACUAGCAGUUUCGACAAGCUAUGAGAAUAUCGGCUCUGGAUGUGGUUCCCUUAAUACCAUUGUGAGGCUUAAGAGCGGAGAAGUUGUUAAUGUAGUCGCAAAAUGGACUGGCAGUCACUUAGUUGCAAAUGAGCAUCGUUGGAUUUCCUUCAGUGGCUAUUUUGUAUACGCUUAGUGUAACCCAUAUGUUGUUGUUAACAGAACGAACAGAACAGUUCUGUGUCUUUAAGUAUGUACGUAUUCAUGCAAAAGCUUGUUUGUAAUCAGUACAGCAAUGCUUUUUGAACAUAUUAAUUAAAUAAACCACUUUAAAUGAAUAAUUCAAUACUGUACCAGUACUUUUACACUUACUACAAGAUACAUUUUAGAAUGAGAAAGAACAAAUAAAACUGUACUUCAUAAAUUUUGACUAAUCACUGUAUACUCUUGCAAGAUUAAAUGAAUUUCCCUUCUAAGACAUCAACAUUUUAAAUAUUGAAUAAUUAUGAAGACAAUAAUUAUUAAUAUACAAUAUAUGCAUGCAUAGCCUGAUUUUUGAAAGCUUACACUGUUAAUUUUUCAACAUAAUUCGCAUUUAAGGUAAGGCAAAAUAAAAGUCUAGAGAUAACCAUUCAGUAUAAUAUAUAAUUAGACGGAUUUUAGUGAUAAACGAUAUAAAAUAGCUGAUAAGGUAUGAGAAGUAUAAAUGGUAUAUACAUGUAACACUUUUGUGCUUAUUGUGUGUGUGCGUGUUAGUUUUUUUUCAUAAUUGUACUCAUAUAAUUAGUACUCAUAUAAUUACACAGAAGUCUUAUAUACGGAUUUCAUUUAAACGCAUUUUUUUGUAAAUAAUCCACAUAGGCAUCACAACAGCUGUGCAAAAAUUAUUAAUAAACGCCACGAUUGUCCAAUGAAAGUCUACGUUACAAACGUGCAGUCUGGUAAUACGUCACAUAAUUGGCGGUAUCAAUUGGACACAUUAUCUUGUAAUCAAAGAAAGAAAUCUAUUUUUGUUUACAUUCCCUUCGACGGAGUUAACCGAUUUUCAUAUAUCAGACAUUCAAUACAGCCUUUUACAAUUGUUGACAAUACAAUGCGUAUUCCAAUAAGGAAUGAACACUUUUAUUGUUAUCAAAUCAAACUUUAUUUGUAAUAUUUAGACUGUAGUUUGUAAUCAGAAAGCAAUAAAACAUUUAAAUGUA